AUGGAUUAUGAAGUUAGUGAAGAAGAUCAUAAGAAGAUAAUAGAAUUUAGUCUUCUACAUAAUAAAAAACUUAAUUUAGAACAAAAAUUAAAAUUAUUAAAACAUGAAAAAAAUUUAUUAAAUGAUGCUCAAGAUGAAAUUAUUAUUUCUUUAAAUACACCAUUAUUUCAUAUUGGAGAAUGUUUUAUGAAAUUGACUGAUGAGGAAUUGGAAUUGGAAUUGAAGGACAAGAGUGAGAAAUUAGAUACUGAAAUUGAGAAAUUAACCAAUAGUUUACAAGAAAAUAUUAAAGAAUCUUCUAACUUAAAGGCACAACUUUAUAAUAAAUUUGGUAAUCGCAUUAAUCUUGAUUCUUAA